AUGGAUGCACGGUCCCCCUCUGAGCGUCGCCAUGACAUCUCAGCAGACAACGGUGGGCGGGAGCCUUCUGUGUCCGAGAAAAAGGCUGGAGAUGUGGUCGUAGCAUCGAGUGAAGCAUCGACCGGUGAGCGUGAUGGCAGUGAUCGGAGCUCAGCGAUCCCGCUGAAGAUGAAGCUCAUUGCUAUUCUCUUGGUUACCGCAACUGGAUUUGGUUCACACUGGAGUAGUGGUGUCACAGGCGCGAUGAAAAGUACUGUAAAGAAGGAACUGCAUAUCAACAACGCUCAGUAUUCUGUGCUGGAAGCCAGCGAGGACUUUAUGAAAACAGCUCUAAUCCUCGUGAGCGGUCUUGUCACCGAUAGGAUUGGUGGUGCAAGCGCCAUGCUCUGGGGCAAUGCCAUUUACAGUAUAGGUGCGAUCUUUAUUGCAGCCGCCACCACCGUCCGAUCGUACAAAUUCAUGAUAUUCGGGUCGAUCGUCCAGGCAUUCGGAGACAUCGCCACGCAAGUGGCACAGUACAAAGUGUUCAGCUCCUGGUUCGCGCCAUCCAACGGCUUCGCAUCGACUCUUGGCUUUGAACUCGGUAUUGGCAAGAUCGGAUCUUUCGUUGGCAAGGCUACAGCAAACGUCAUCGCGAAAAACACAGGUGACUUUAGCUGGGUGUACUGGGUCGCUGUUUUCAUGAACCUCUUCACUAACGUGACGACUCUCCUUUACUGGAUUUUCACGCGAUGGUGCGGCAAGAAGUACACCGGUACAGCUGACCCCGCGACCGGCGAGAAACUCACGGAAAGCAACAAGAAGUUUGAGUUUGGAAAGGUCUUCCGGCUUCCCUGGACCUUCUGGAGUAUCGUCGCUUUCUCACUUUUCCAAACCAGUACCGCAUCCGUCUUCGCUCAGAAUGCAACGGAGUUCGCUGAGCAGCGCUUCGACAUGGAUGCCGUCAAGGCAGGGUGGUACUCCUCACUGGCGCAGUAUCUAGGAUUCUUCCUUGUUCCGAUUAUCGGCGUCUUCGUAGACGUUCUAGGCAACCGUAUCACCCUUAUGCUUGUCUGUGGGCUGGGCAUGUUGCUAUCAAUGUGCCUGGCGACAUGGGGCCCAACGUUCUCUGGUACGGCAGCUUCGUUUGGUAUAUACGGUGUCGCAUCUAUGUUUGGCCCGACCGUCAUCAUCGACUCAAUUCGCACUUCCAUGUGGUACCAAGAAGUCUUUGGUUCUGGAUACGCCGUCAAGAUUGCAGUCAACAACGCCAUGUCUAUCAUCAUCCGUAUCAUCACGGGAGUCAUCCAGGAUCGUGACGACAACUCUUACGACAAUGUCGUUGUUGUGUAUGUCGUUCUUUCCGCGUGUUCGGUUGUGGUAGCAGCGAGCAUGUUCGUCGGCUGCUUUUGGACAAGUGACCUUGCACAACUCCAGUGGACUAGGCGCCAACGUAUCACGAAGGGCGAGGUCAUCAACGUGCGGAGAGAGGAGUUUAAGUCGGGAACUUCUGGCCAGAGAAACAGGAAGAUCAGCAUGGCUUUGUUCAUUGCACUGUUGUUCUUGGUGGUGGGUUCCUGGGCGGCGUACUUCUGGGGUGUUGCGACUGGAAAUAACACCUGA